GCUGAGAGCGAAGGAGAAAAAUGGCUUACCAUCUCUGCUCUUCGCCCUCCUCUCUCUGCCAUGACCACCAUUAUCUCCACAACUCUCUUUCUUUCUCACGGAAAUCGAGGCUGAGAAGCUUCAAUAGCUUCUCUUUCAAACCCAAUUCUCUCUCACUUCACUCAAGAACCUUUCUCCAAAUCACCCAUGUCUCUUUAGAGGACCCAAUUCCACAAGAAACCCAGAAGGCAGAUGCCUCAAAUCCACCAAAUUCUCAAGACCCAGAUAGGAAAACCAAAAGUUACAUCUGGGUCAACCCCAGAAGCCCCAGAGCUUCGAAGCUUCGUCAGCACUCGUAUGAUGCCAGGUAUGCUUCUCUAGUGAAAAUAGCCGAGUCUUUGGACUCGUGUGAGGCCACUGAGGAAGAUGUUUCUCAGGUUUUGAGGUGUUUAGGUGAUAAGAUAUUAGAGCAGGACGCUGUGAUUGUCCUCAACAACAUGACGAACCCGGAAACGGCACUUCUUGCUUUUGGUUUCUUUCGGAAGAGAUUGAAACCGAGCAGAGAGGUGAUUCUGUAUAAUGUGACCUUGAAGGUUUUUAGGAAGUGUAGGAACUUGGAUAGAGCAGAGAAGCUGUUUGAUGAAAUGCUUGAGAGAGGAGUUAAGCCUGAUAAUAUUACAUUUUCGACAAUAAUUAGCUGUGCUAGGGUUAGUUCUCUGCCCAAUAAGGCUGUGGAGUGGUUUGAGAAGAUGCCUGAAUUCGGGUGUCAUCCUGAUGAUGUUACCUACUCGGCCAUGAUCGAUGCGUAUGGACGAGCUGGUAAUGUUGAUAUGGCAUUGAAAUUGUAUGAUCGUGCACGAACAGAAAAAUGGAGGAUUGAUCCGGUGACAUUCUCGACAUUGAUUAGAAUUUAUGGGAUGUCAGGAAAUUUUGAUGGGUGCUUGAAUGUGUAUGAAGAGAUGAAGGCUCUUGGAGUUAAGCCCAACUUGGUUAUAUAUAAUACUUUGUUGGAUGCUAUGGGAAGAGCCAAGAGACCUUGGCAGGCGAAGAAUAUUUACAAAGAGAUGACCAACAAUGGCCUCCAACCAAGUUGGGGAACUUAUGCUGCCUUGUUACGGGCCUAUGGCAGAGCACGCUAUGCUGAAGACGCUCUUAUUGUGUACAAAGAGAUGAAGGAGAAGGGGUUGGAGUUGAGUGUGGUUCUUUAUAAUACUCUCUUAGCUAUGUGUGCUGAUGUUGGCUACACUGAAGAAGCUGCUGCAAUUUUUGAAGAUAUGAAGAGUUCUGGGAAUUGCAUGCCAGACAGUUGGACAUUUUCAUCAUUGAUUACCAUAUAUUCCUGUAGUGGGAAGGUCUCAGAGGCAGAAGCCAUGUUGAAUGCAAUGUUGGAAGCAGGUUUUGAGCCAAAUAUCUUUGUUUUGACAUCACUUAUUCAAUGCUAUGGGAAAGCCAAUCGUACAGAUGAGGUUGUUAGGACAUUUGUCCGGCUUUUGGAAUUAGACAUAACUCCAGAUGAUCGUUUCUGUGGUUGUAUGUUGAAUGUGAUGACCCAAAGUCCUAAGGAAGAACUUGGUAAGCUCAUUGACUGCAUUGACAAGGCUAACCCAAAGCUUGGUAAUGUGGUGAAACUUUUGCUGGAGGAGCAAAAUGGGGAAGGGACUUUUAGAAAAGAAGCAUCUGAACUCUUUGAUUCCAUUAGCGCUGAUGUAAAGAAGGCUUACUGCAAUUGCUUAAUUGAUCUGUGUGUCAACCUCAAUCUGUUGGAGAAAGCUUGUGAGCUGUUUGACCUGGGGCUUACACUUGAGAUAUACAUAGAUAUACAGUCUAAAUCACCAACCCAAUGGUCUUUACAUUUGAAGAGCCUCUCCCUUGGGGCAGCUUUGACUGCGUUGCACAUUUGGAUGAAUGACUUGUCCAAAGCAGUGGAGGAUGGGGAGGAGCUUCCGGCAGUGCUUGGAAUCAACACUGGACAUGGAAAACACAAAUACUCAGACAAAGGUUUAGCGAGUGUCUUUGAGUCCCAUUUGAAGGAACUAAAUGCACCAUUUCAUGAGGCCCCAGAUAAGGUUGGCUGGUUUCUAACAACAAAGGUUGCAGCCACAUCAUGGUUGGAGUCUAGAAGUGCACCUGAACUAGUUGCUGUUUAGGUGUGUAAUGCUGACUAGGGUUUUAUAUUGAAUUAGUACUCAUCUGAACCGGCAUUUAUGGGAACAGUAAACAAGCUAUCUCAUAUUUCCUCCUCCCUAAGAUUUUGGCCAUAUCUAAGAGAAAAAUUUUGUACUACUAGAUACAAAAUGCAUUCAUGAUUUGCUGAAGUGUUGUUAACUUAGAUUUACUUAAAUAUAUAAUAUAGUAAAUCAAGUGCUAAGAGUUGUUGAACCU